AUGGCCGAUCCAAACGCGCCCACCCCGCAGAGAAUCAACUUCGACGACAACCUCGAGAAGCCCGACCGCAUCACCUCGAGCUCGACCAUUGACGAGUGGCAGAAAUGGCAGCGUCCUGAUGUCGGAUCGAGCACCGGCGUCGCCGGCGGCAUCUACUUUGGCCGCGACCUCGACCGCGUCGGGUCCAGGGGCCGCGCUCGCAGUCUCUCGCGCGCGCGUACUAGGGACUCGACUGUUGAGGUCGACGAGGGCGGAGACGACUGGAGGCGCGAUGAUGGAAGGAAGAAGCAGAUUUUUACGGGGACGACUCUGAUUUGGCUUGCGUAUCAGUCGAUCGGUGUUAUUUACGGCGACAUUGGCACAAGUCCCCUCUACGUGUACUCCUCCACCUUCACCGAUAUCCCCACCAAGAACGACCUCACCCAGGUCCUCUCCCUCAUCAUCUGGUCCCUCACGCUCAUGGUCACCGUCAAAUACGUCUUCAUCGUCCUCCACGCCGACAACGAGGGCGAGGGCGGCACCUUCUCCUGCUACUCCCUCCUCACCCGCUUCGCAAACAUCACCACCGUCGACCCCCGCGAGGAGGCCACCCUCAACUUCGAGCGCUUCAACACCCAGGACGUCCGCCCCGUCACCCGCGGCAUCCGCUCCGCCAUCGAAAAGUCCAAGUUCACCCGCGGCUUCCUCAAGACCAUCGGCGUCCUCGCCGUCUCCAUGGUCAUCGCCGAUGGCAUCCUCACCCCCGCCCAGUCCGUCCUCGGCGCCAUCCAGGGCCUCUCCGUCGUCAAGCCCGACAUCAGCACCUCCACCAUCGUCGGCACCACCUGCGGCAUCCUCGUCCUGCUCUUCCUCAUCCAGCCCCUCGGCACCACAAAGCUCGCCGGCGCCUUCGCCCCCAUCGUCAUCGUCUGGCUCGGCUUCAACGGCGCCUUCGGCAUCUACAACCUCGUCAAGUACGACUACACCGUCCUCAAGGCCUUCUCCCCCUACUACGCCAUCCACUUCUUCAUGGAGAAGAAGACCGAGGGCUGGCGCAUGCUCGGCGGCGUGCUGCUCUGCUUCACCGGCGUCGAGGCCCUCUUCGCAGACCUCGGCGCCUUCAGCAUGCGCGCCGUGCAGAUGAGCUGGCUGCUCUGGACAUACCCCUGCCUCAUCCUCGCCUACUCCGGCCAGGCCGCCCACCUCGCCCUCUUCCCCGAAAAGUACACCAACCCCUUCUUCAACACCGUGCCCCCCGGCAUGCUCUACCCGUCCCUCAUCCUCGCCGUCCUCGCCGCCAUCGUCGCCUCCCAGGCCAUCAUCACCGCCACCUUCCAGCUCUCCUCGCAGAUCAUGAAGCUCUCGUACUGUCCGCAGAUGAAGGUCGUGCACACCUCGUCCACCUUCCACGGCCAGGUCUACGUUCCUCUGCUCAACUGGCUGCUCAUGCUCGGCACCAUCCUCGUCACGGCCGUCUACAACAACACCACCUCCCUCGGCCACGCCUACGGCGUCUGCGUCAUCUUCGUCACCUUCUUCGACACCCUCAUGGUCACCCUCGUCGCCAUCCUCGUCUGGCGCCUGCCCGUCUGGCUCAUCUUCCUGCCCUUCCUCGCCUUCGCCACCCUCGACGGCCUCUACCUCUCCUCCGCCCUCAACAAGGUCCCCGACGGCGCCUGGUUCACCCUCAUGAUCUCCGCCCUCAUGGCCGGCAUGUUCCUCCUCUGGCGCUUCGGCAAGGAGAACCAGUGGCGCGCAGAGAAGGAGGACCGCUUCCAGCCCUCGUCUCUGCUCGCCAAGGCCGCGGAUGGAGGUUUGAAGUUGACACCCCGCUGGGGCGGCGACCUGCUCUCCCCCGUCAGCGGGUUCGGCAUCUUCUUCGACAAGACGGGCAUCCAGACGCCGAGCGUCUUCACGCACUUCGCCUCCAAGCUCGGCGCCCUCCCUGACGUUGCAGUCUUCUUCCACCUGCACCCCGUCGAGGUGCCCUCCGUCCCUGACGCGGAACGCUACCACAUCUCGCGCUUCGCCAACAUCCCAGGCUGCUACCGCCUCGUGGUGCGCCACGGCUUCAUGGACGAGGUCGUCUCCCCGGACCUGGGCGCGCUCAUCUACGAGCAGAUCCGGCGCUUCGUCGUCCGCCAGGCGGCCGCGAAGGCGGCCACCGCCAGCGAGCAGGAGACCAAUACGUCGGGCACGGCGACGGAGUGGGAGGAGACGGAGGGCCCGACGGAGCUGAAGGACGAGCGGGUCGCGGCGGAGCUGGCGAAGCUGGACCGCGCGUAUGCGCACAAGGUGCUGUACAUUGUGGGCAAGGGGCAGAUGCACAUCCGCACGGGGACGAAUAUUUUCAGGAGGAUUGUGUUGGGCACGUUUUUGUGGAUGAGGGAUAAUACGAGGGCCAAGAUUGCGAAUUUGAGGCUGGCGAUGGAGAGGGUUGUCGAGGUUGGGUUUGUGAAGGAGAUUUAA